GGGGGAAUCUCACCAUUGUGGGAGGGGCAGAAAACAUGGGGGGGAAAUCUCACCAUUGUGGGAGGGGCAGAGAACAUGGGGGGAAUCUCACCAUUGUGGGAGGGGCAGAGAACAUGGGGGGAAUCACACCAUUGUGGGAGGGGCAGAGAACAUGGGGGAGAAUGGGGGGAAUCUCACCAUUGUGGGAGGGGCAGAGAACACUGUUGCGGGGAACUCUCACCAUUGUGGGAGGGGCAGAGACACAAAUGCUGUGGGGAAUCUCAUCACUGUGGGAGGGGCAGAGAACACUGUUGCAGGAAAAUCUCACCAUUAUGGGAGGGCGGAGACACAAAGUGCUGCAGGGAAAUCUCACCAUUGUGGGAGGGGCAGAG